AUGAAAAUUAUUUUAUAUAUUGCUAUAACAACAUACAUCGUAUUAAAUACAGCAAAUGCAUUUGAUACAAAAUACACAUUGCUCCAGCCACCAGCAGAUACCGAAAUAGUUGAUGAAUCGUACACACCUGGUAGCUUCUCAUAUAAAUUUGUUAGCGGUGAGGCAUUUCCAGUUGAUUCCACUACCACGGACCUUAUAGGCACAACACUGGCACCUCCAUUCCUUGUAUCAUCAACGUUCAAGUCAUAUACAAGCAAAUCCUUCUGCGUAUUUUCUAUAAAACAAAAUGAUGUUAUCGUUUUGAGCUUAUGUUUACAACCAGCUGGAAAGAAUGUUUCAAGAAUCACACUCAGAACCGAAUUAUAUACACCAAGCGAAUCAAUAUAUUACUUAUUCAAUGAGAAUUAUAAAGAUAAUUGGAUCAAAAUAGUGAUGUAUGUCCAUGAUGAUACUGCGGACUUGUACGUGAACUGCAGUAAGCAACCAAAUCUGCUGUACCUGGAGAAACAUUUAGACAGUAUAUCGCUGACGGAUCGGAUGGAGAUCCUUGUAGCUGUAUCACAGAGAUAUAAAUUUGAGGGUCUCAUAGAAGAAAUAAACUUACACACUAACGCCGACGAGGAUACUUUAAAGUUAGUAUGUGAAAAGAUUACAUCAUACACUGAUCCACUUGGGCCAAGUCUAGUAACCACUACUGUCAUAGUUCCUCCUACAACAGAAGGUCCUUCACCGCCUGAAAAAGGUGAAAAAGGAGAAAGGGGAGACCAAGGAGAAAGAGGAAUACAAGGCCUUAAAGGCGAAGUAGGUGCACCAGGUGUUAAAGGAAUUAAAGGCGAAAAGGGAGAUAAAGGUGAUCUUGGACAGAAAGGUGAUUUGGGACCUCAAGGACCACUUGGACCAGUAGGACCAAUUGGCAAAAAAGGAGAGGAAGGAGCAUGCCAAUGUUCAGAAAAACUGGUAUCAAGUCUGCUUCUGUCAAUGCCAGAAAUGAAAGGACCUGCUGGUGAAAGAGGACCACCAGGAUAUGAUGGCCCCGUUGGACCACCAGGUAAAACUGGUAACAUUGGUCCUAUGGGUGAAAGAGGACCAAUGGGUUUGAAAGGAGAACCCGGAGCUAGGGGGGACGAUGGUUUACCAGGUAGAGAUGGGACUGUUGGACCAAAAGGGGAGCCAGGUAAAGAUGGCAUUCCAGGGACACCAGGAGAAAGAGGGCCCAGAGGAGAGCAGGGACCUCCGGGUGAAAUACGUUUGGAAACAGACGAGGAGAUAAAGUCAAGAACCGUAGUUUUACCUGGUGAAAAAGGAGAUGAAGGACCAGUGGGACCUCCGGGUAGGCAAGGCGAAAGGGGUGAAAGUGGAGAUCGAGGUGAGAAAGGGGAACCUGGACCAAUGGGACAAAAAGGAGAUCAGGGUCACAAAGGUCUUCAGGGCCCUAGAGGUGAAAAGGGUGACAUAGGUGAGGCGGGAGAGGAUGGAUUACCUGGGACACCGGGCACACAUGGCCGGCCUGGAGAUAGAGGCGAAAAAGGUGAAAGAGGUGACAAGGGAGAUAAAGGUGAAGACGGACGGCCUGCAUCGCUAAAAUCAGUUUUAGAUGCUGAAAAUGCAGAGGUAGUGGAAAAAUUGAGAGGGAUCAAAGGCGAAAGGGGAGAAAGAGGUGAAAAGGGUGAAAAAGGCGAUCGAGGGGAUACAGGAUUACAAGGGCCAAGUGGAAAAGAUGGUAAAGAUGGCAAAGAUGGAAAGAAAGGUGAUGUCGGUCCAAUUGGAAAGACUGGGCCUAAAGGAAACCAAGGAGAACGAGGUCUACCUGGAGAAGUACCUGAAUCAAAAAUAGCUUUAUUGAAGGGUUCAAAAGGAGAUAGAGGGCAUCAAGGACCAAAAGGAACACCCGGACCUACUGGUAGUAAAGGAGAACCGGGAGAAAGAGGUCCAGUUGGUCCUCGGGGACUAACUGGAGGAGAAGGUGUCCCAGGACCUAUAGGACCAAUGGGACCAGCAGGUCAUAAUGGCACGAAGGGACAAAAAGGAGAAAGAGGCGCCAGUGCGCCGCCAGUCGAUUUGUACAAGCUAAAAGGUGAAAAAGGAGACCGGGGUCUCCCUGGUGAUCCUGGCCCUCCAGGGAAGUCUGGGCCAGAAGGUCCACCUGGUAAAUGUAUGGAAGCACCUGUUCGGCCACCCAUACCAGGUCCACCAGGACCGCCGGGUCCACCUGGGCCUCAGGGAAUUUCCAUCGUUGGUCCUAAAGGAGAACCUGGUGUCACGCACAUACAGGAGACGUAUCAGACAUUUGUCAAAGCUCCAGGUGACCCAACUGAUGAGGAUGACUUCUAUACACUAAACACUAUGGUGUUUAGGACGAAACGUGCUCUUUUGAAGAAAACAGAGGAAACGGAGCUUGGAACGUUAGCGUACGUUUUAAAGGAGAAAAUAUUGCUUCUCAGAGUUGAAAACGGCUGGCAAUAUGUUGUGAUGGCUUCCAUGUUGGAUUCAAAGCCGACCCCGCCGCCUACAACGACGACUACUACGACAACCACCACUACUACAACUGCCAGGCCAACUACUACAACUACAACUACAACUGCCAGGCCGACUACUACAACUACUACUACAACUGCCAGGCCGACUACUCCAUCAACUGCCAGUCCUUUUGUACAACCAGUCGUUCGUCCAUCGAAGAGAAGAGGCUACAUUCGAAUGGUGGCUCUGAACGAUCCAUAUACAGGAUAUAUGUUGAGUCAUAAUAAAAAGGUUGGACGCGAAGGUGCUGACCAGUUGUGCUAUGAACAAGGCAAGAUGUUCAGACUUGGUGCAACGUUUAAACCAUUUUUGGCAACAAGUGAUCAAAACCUCAUCAAUAUAGUUGGGAGGGCUGAUUGGAAUGCUCCAGUGGUCAAUCUUAACAGAUCGCUCCUAUUUCCCUCUUGGGCAAGCAUUUUCUUUGGGAGUGGAGCAGAAUUCAUCAAUCCUGCUACUAUCUUCAGUUUCAAUGGGAAAAGCGUUAUGAUUGACUCGCACUGGCCAACUAAGACAGUAUGGCACGGUGGCCAAAACGACCACUAUGGCUCAGCAGAUUUGGACGCCAAUUGCAACAAUUGGAAGAGUGGCUCUAAGCAUUAUUAUGGAGUUGCAUCGUCAUUAGCUGACAAUCGUCUAUUAAACCAAGAAUUAUACACCUGUGAUAGUAACUUUAUAGUUCUUUGCGUAGAAGUAGAAGCUUUCAAAGGCGAUCCAAUGAAAGUGCGGAGACGACACCGUCGCGGCCGGCGGCAUAAUAUAAUUUAUUAA